UGACUAUAAAAGCUAAGUGUUCACCACAGAUUGGCAUCAGUUCAUCAGCAACGUUCAACAACUCAAGAAAAUCGUGUUCUCUUGCACCAAAGAAAAUCUCAAAAUGUUUGCCAUCCGUUUCUCUUUCGCUCUCCUUGUCAUUGCCUUCAUUGUUGCCGUUGUCAUGUUGCAACCCAGCGAGGCUGCCUACCGUAAACCACCCUUCAAUGGUAGCAUUUUUGGCAAGCGUAAUUCAGUUGAAUAUGACAAUGCCAAAGCAGUGACCGCCAUGUGUGAAAUUGCCAUGGAAGCCUGCCAAUCAUGGUUCCCACAAUCCGAAAGUAAAUAAUUUCUAUUGAC